AUGAAGUUCAGAAGCCUCUUCCCCCUUGUGGUGUUUCUUGCCUUGGCAACCAUGGCACUUUGGUCUGUGGAAGUUUCUGGAAAUGAAUCUAUGAAAGCUGGAACCUGCCCUUUUAGAAAACCUGUUAAAUGCUUUAGAUACAAGAAACCUCAGUGCAAGAAUGACUGGCAGUGUCCAGAGAAGAGAAAGUGUUGUCCUGAUUAUUGUGGCAUUAAAUGCCUAGAUCCUGUUCCCAUCUCAAACCCAGUGAAAACGAAGCCUGGGAUGUGCCCAGUGGUCAAUGGUGAAUGUCUGAUGCUUAACCCUCCCAACCACUGUGAGACAGACAGCCAGUGUGAUCGCGACUUCAAGUGCUGCAAGGGCAUGUGUGGGAAAGCCUGUGUCCCCCCUGUGGCAGGUGACACUGGUGCCCUUAUUCCAGAGUUGCACUCAUGCCUGGCUCAAGAUUUGGAGAAGAUGGAGGAAGACAUCUUGUGGGAGCUGGAGCUGUGGCUCUGCAGCAUUUUGUGCCCUCAGUGUGAAUGA